AUGACCGUCCCCCAGCGGCGCCUGGCCGGGCUCUGGCCGUGGCUGCUCAUGGCGGCCCUGCAGGUGGUGCUGGGCCAGCCGGGCCUGGAGUCCGAGCGGCCGACCCUCCGAGCGGUCAUCAAGGUGACACUGCUGAAGCACGAACCGACGGGGAAGCCCAUCGUGUUGGAAGGGGUGUUCGUGGGAGGGAGUGCCGGCAAGGCGGAGGGAAAACUCAUGCAGUAUCACCCUCUGUCUCUGUGCAACACAAGUGAGGAUGAACGACAAGAAAGCGACUUCAUCACCAUUGUCAAGCUGGAGCACAGGGUUCCCCGCUGCAAGGCGCUUCACGAUAAGGCUCGCAUGGCGCUGGAUAAAGGAGCUCAGGCUGUUAUCUUUGAUGUCAGCGAUGACGCCAACGCCGCCGCUGAGCUGCGAGAAAUCGACUCCCUUCCCCGUCCAGUUGUUCUGGUGGAGGCUGAGGAUGCUGAGGAGCUGAUGGGGUUGGUCAACAAGAACGAGGAGGCCAAAGUUGUCAUUGAGAUCAAGAUGGAGCCUAAAUGGCCACACUACGACGUGGGCAUCCUGCUCACCAUCGUCCUAGCUAUUCUCACCAUCGUCCUGAUCUUUGCUUUCCGCUACAAAUGCAAGUCCAACAGAACCUGGGACUCUGUCCAUCAGCAGACCAUGCGGGCCAUCAGUCGACUGGAGACCAAACCCUACAGUUCUCAGGGCUGCUCGGGCUCACAGCGCCACCGUGGGGCCUGGGGUUCGGCCAGCAGCUCCAACUCAAGCCCCGUCUGCGCCAUCUGCCUCGAGGAGUUCCAGGACGGACAGCAUCUGAGGAUCAUCUCCUGCGCUCAUGAGUUCCAUAAAGACUGCGUCGACCCCUGGCUGCUGCAGCACCGCACCUGCCCCCUGUGCAUGCACAACAUCAUGGGGACAGAGCGACAGGCCCAGAGGAGCAGACUCCAGCAGAGUCCAGAGCAAAGCCAAGGCUUCCUGCACCCUCAGCCCUACAGCGGCCCACACAACCACCCCUUCCCCCAGCAUGCCAUCCCCUUCUCUAUGAGGCCCCACUAUCCUCGUGGGCCCUCUGGACCUUAUCCCAGUCUGGGCCAUUACAAUGGCUCCUCUCCCAUGGACUCUCAGACUUUACGUUUCCUCACCAGUAGGCCGCUGGGCUCAGGCUGUGGGUACCACCUUCCUGCAGAAGGUCCAGGUCGGCCCCACAGGAUUGGAGGUAACUGCAGGACUUCUACGCACCACUACACCCCCCGUCGGUCCUGCCACAACUAUCGCUCGUCCUGUCCAGCCCAGCGCAGCGCAUCCAGCUCCAGACUGCAUCACACUGUCUCGGUCACACCACAGACCCGUGGAGCGCCGGCCCACAGCCGGCAGGACGAUGGUAGCUGCUCUGGAGGGAGCUAUCGCACAGAGCGCAGCGGGUACUUGGCCGACGGGCCAGCGAGUGACUCCAGCUCAGGGCCAUGCCACGGCUCCUCCAGCGACUCAGUUCUCAACUGCACCGACGUGUCCCUGCAGGGAGUUUAUGGCAGCUGGUCCACCUUCCGUAGCUCUCUGAGUAGUGACUAUGACCCGUUGGUGUAUUACGGGCCGGGUCCUGGACGCGGCCCCCGCAGGAACAGUCUGGAGGCUGGUGCCCAGGCCCGUCCCAGGUCUCUGGAUUCUGUGGUGAACAAAGCGGGCUGCCCUGAAGAACAGCCGCAGACUGUAUUCAGCCACAUCCACUACCACCGCCACAGACACCACCACUACGAGGAGGGGGAGCACAGCCAGGGCCAGAGCAGAGGCUCAGACGAGGAGCAGGGAGCUGCUGCAGCUGUCACUGCUCCCCUUGUCCUGGACAAAGACUCCCCUGUGUGCCCUCCGAAGCACAGCCCCUGCAACUGCCCCAAGCCAGACCCCACCGACCGGCCCAGCCCUGGGAUGGAGUGUCAGGACCACGACCCCAGCAGCCCUGCGGGACCUCCGGUCCUCGUGUCCCCAAUCCCCUUACAGCUCCAGCCCCACUGCUGCCACCAGGGACACGGACACGCUGCGGCUGCUCUCGGGCGAGUGGGGGGCUGUGUGCUCGAUGGUCCUUCUGUUCGUUUCCACCAGAGCCUGGAUCUGCAGGACGAUCGUAGCAUCCACAUCCACUACGGUCAGGGCCAGGGCUUCUGCUGCUCCCCCCCUGAGCUGCACCCUGCCCUGCUCCCCGUGCCCCUCAUUCUGGACUCUGGGGGGAUGGAGGACUGGCCUUGCUGUGCCGGGGCCCAUGUUGUGUGGCAAAAACGGGUGCAGCAGGCCCGCUCGGAGCCUCAGCUCCUGGGUCCUGGGACCUCGAUGGACAGGCCACCCUGCAGGUUCCACCAGGGGCCUGCUGCUGACCGCAACACAGACAUUUGUUUAUACUGCCAAUCAUUACACCACAAUCAGGGAUCAGAAGAGGAGUCUGGAGUGUGAGAGCUUGUUGCAUCCCCCAUUAUCACACUGCUACACAGGAGCCACAGUGGAAAAGCCUCUCAGCGGCUCUCACACCUUCUACAUAAUUCCACCAGCAAAGCCUUCGUUCACAUGAUUCCCCAGCUGCCUCCAGGAGUCCAAGCUACAACGACGAAACCAUCGUCAUUACUGAAAGUGAAAUUAGACUAAUGCGAACCUGUCGUGAUAUUUAAUAUCAAAACAUACCGCCGAGUGAUCUGAAUAUGUGAAGACGGGGUGUUGCUGGGGAACACACCUCGUCAGCUGUAGGAAGAAUAUUUACAAUCUCACAAGUUCCCAUGCUCCUUGGCGACAACUAACGAAUGAUCCUUGCUUUGGGUGUUGAGCCCUCAUGAAGUGAGACUCCAUCUCUGCAUCGCUCACUCUUCUACAGAAUAACUUGAUUUAUCUUAGAGGUACUUAAUUUUUCACGUGCGCGAUCUUCGCCUUCCUUCGCUGAGUCCAGUCUCAGCUGAGAGAUGCUUUUCUCUCCAGCCUACCUCAGCUCAGAUUUCUUAACGCGCCUCACACAGGGGGGUCUUUUAAAGGUACUGCUGUAGUGAUUUUGUUUCUUUUUUUUUUUUUUUUGGUCAUGACCAUGUAGCUCCCAUAAACUCAACAACAACAACAACAAAAAAAAAGUGAUCCUCCCGGUAGUCCAAACGGAGAGAGAGAGGUUGAUGCUCAGCCCCUCAAACAACGAGCAUUCACUGAGGUUGCUGAGCCUUGCAUGGGCCUUGUUUUCAUUAUUUCAAUAAUGGCAGCUGUUUUGUUUGUGUUUUGGAUCUUUUUUUUUUUUUUGUAGUCUGUAAUUUUUUUUUUUUCAUCUUUCAAAAGGAACCGGUUUGACUGAAUUUUGUUGUACAAGCUAUUGUCUUGUUUUUGUCAUUUCUCUUGCCAGUGGUUACUUCAUGUUUGACCUCAGUGCUGUUAAACCCCCUGAUCAGUGAACAGGCUUCAUCACAAGGAUAACAAUCACAUCCUCUGCCCCUCACACUGUCGUCCUCCGAAAAGGUUCCAACCUGUCCCUUGCCUUCCAGCAUCUAAAGCUCUGGGUGAAAGCUUCUCUACUGCAGCCAUAGAAAUGACGCAAUGAAAUAGUAUAAGUGGAGUAAAGCCAUGCUAGACAGACCCACCAGCAUCAGCUCGGUUCGUUGCCGUAGCAGCAGUUUGACUAAAGCUUAGUGUGCCUUCCAGUGCCUGAGAAACGUCUCCAGAACAAUCAAACACUGGAAAUAUGGCAAGAAUUCAUCUUCGUUACAGCAGUAAUACCAGAAUCAGUGAAACUCCUUUGUUGUGGGGAAACGUGCGUCGCCGAUCCCUGCUUUAGAGCUUAAGGCACUUGAAGGAAGAUCCACAUGGAAGCAGAAAUCAAAGGUGUUGUAAAGACUUUAUGCGUUCUGAUAGGUUUUAAAAUGCUUAAUCAUGUCAAAACUGCAAACAAGCGAAUCGAGGUUUAAAUCUUUGUUACCUGAUACUCCCACACUGGCAGACUCACAGACAGAAAAUAUGUUUAUAGUCCAAGAAAAUAACUGUGGAAAGAAAAAGAUGUGCCGUCAAAGAUGGCUCGCUUAUCUUCUGCUUAGCCGCAGACGUCUUCAUGCUCACAGACUAAAUCAUCUGAGAUCAGAGGAAUAUGAAUUCUGCUUCAGCGCAGACGUUCUCUUAGAGGCUCAGUGGAAAUGUGAUUUGUCUUUGCAGUCAGACUGCAGAUACAACCGAGAAAGCACUCAUGGAUGUUGCAGUAGCACUUAGUAAACCCUCACAUGUGCCUUAUUCAUUCAGACUGUUCAUAAUCCUAAAUCAGGAACCUCCCAACUCACUAAGCUCUUACCUGUUGAACCAAAGAGGCGAAAUCUUGAACACUUUGUUGUGUGUUGUGCCUUUUUUUUUUUUUUUUUUCCUGCUCCAGGCCUUUCUUUGAAUCUCAGCGUGCGCUCUCCGUGCUGACAAGAGAGAACAUGCUAGAAUUGAAGUGGAAAUCAUUCUGGACUCAAUAGUUUUGGACAAUCAUGCAGAAUGUUUCAGCUGCAGUCCCGUACUAAUACCUCACUUUGAAUGUGUCAACACAGCGUCCUCUAGCUAAAGUAUCAGGGUUUCCUUUUCGUGCCCAAACAGUCUCAGAGACAGAGAUGGAAAUGACUGAAUUACAAGCAGCACUUUGGCUUGAGCAGAUUUUAUAUAAAAAGAAAAAUCAACACAAAACUCAUAGUAUUAACGUAAAGCAAGCCCGAAACCAUCAGCACACGAGUUAAAAAAAAAAAAGCAUUUAGCGAUGCUGCAGAAUACCUGGUGUGAUUUCAUCCUGUUCAAGAUCUUUCUCUUUGUGUUGUUUAUGUGUUCGUUUUUAUGUUUUGCAAGAAUAAUGAGCUGAAACUGCCUUUUUUUAAUAGAGUAAAAAAUAAAAACAGCAAAAAAAAAAGAAAAGAAAGUCCCUCCAGAACGUUAAGGGAUGUGUCAGUAUAUUUUGGAUACUUUGUGUACAAAAAGAGAACAACGAAAACAGAAAUGAAAUAGUGUUGUAUUUUAUAUAUAAUAGAACAUUUCAAUAUAGUGACAUGUCACUAAUAUAUUUAUUUACUAAUAUAUUUAUCCAUUUGUCCAGGUUUGAAAGAAAGAGUGGUUUCUGUAUAGACUGAAUGUUUCUAUAUGGAAACUGACCGGUGCCAUCACAGAUGUAUCAACCUGUCUUCAUUCCAAUUAUAUGCAAAUAAAUUAUUUUGAAAUAAAA